AUGUGCCACAGCAACAAGAGAUGGACUGAAACCCUACUGAUAGUACUCUUGGGCUUCCGCUCUGCUUUUAAAGAGGACUUGAAGUGUACAUCUUCAGAAUUAGUCUAUGGUACAACCAUAAGGCUUCCAGCAGACUUUAUCGCUCCAUCAACAACUACCAAAAAAGACUUGCCAGAAGAUUUUGUACAGAAGCUAAAAAAAGCUAUGCAAACUCUGACUCCGACUCCAGGUUCUGCCCACUGUGAACCAGGAACAUCUGUGCAUCGUUCAUUAUCUGAUUGCAGUCAAGUUCUAGUGCGUCAUGGUGGAAUUAAAAGGUCUCUCCAACCUCCCUACGUUGGACCCUACCAAGUACUUGAGCGCACCCCAAAACACUUCACUGUGCUCAUACAAGGCAAAAGAUACACAAUUGGCAUUGAUCGCCUUAAGCCAUGUUUCUCGACAGCAUCAGACGAGGUGUUGACAGGACAAAAAGCAACCCCUAGUGUAAACAUCAGUGAUUCUCUGGAUCCUACUCCAGAAGACAAGGACCCUGUGAUCCAACCCCAGACCAUCACACGCUCUGGAAGGCAUGUUCGCUUUAACCCUCGUUACCUCUGA